AUGGUAGACAGGCAUGGCGUGAGGCCGGAUCCGGAUGCGGUGGAGGCCGUGCUGCCAUGGAAGGCCCCCAGAACGGAUACACAGCUCAUGAGUUUCCUGGGAUUUGCCAAUUAUUACCGCGAGUUCAUACAAAAAUACGCUGACAAGGUGUACCCAAUGCAGCAAUUUUUGCACAACAAAGGGAAAAUGUUCGAAUGGAAUGAAAGAGCUCAGGAAGCUUUCAAGAAUAUAAAGCGGGAACUCUGUGAAGCGCCAGUGCUAGGCACGCCCACGGAGAAAGGCAUGUACGCUCUCGACACUGAUGCUCCAGUACUAACCAUUCCAGGAAUACUACAUCAGGAGCAAGGAAUGGGAGAACAGUUCUCCGUCCCAUUGCAUAUGGCAGCAAAGUGUUGGGCGACACUGAAAUGA